GAACUGAAAUAUUCUUAUUUUUAAUCUGUCUCUCGUGAGUUUCAGCGACACUACACUACUCACCAGUGAUAGUGAUUCGUGAACGAGUGAUAUAUUUUAGGGUUUUUGUUAGUGUUUAAUAAUCGGUCAAAAUGAGUUUAAAUUUCAACAGCAAACUUGUUUUGCCUAUAGUUGUUGCUGUUGGUUCUACAGUAGUCCUAGCAACAGUGAUAGCUAAUUGUCUAUGGGGCAAGAAAAAGUCCAAAAGCAAGAACCCGGUAACCCUUGUGGAUCCUAAUGCGAAAUAUGCACUGCCACUCAUAGAACGAGAGGAGAUCAGUCAUGACACAAGACGGUUCCGGUUUGCAUUGCCAACCAAAGAUCAUGUACUAGGGCUGCCCGUAGGACAGCAUAUCCACUUAUCAGUCAAGCUGGAGGAUGAUCUGGUCAUCAGAGCAUAUACCCCGGUGUCCAGUGAUGAAGAAAAAGGAUAUGUGGAUCUGGUUAUUAAGGUGUACUUCAAAAAUGUGCACCCGAAAUUCCCCGAUGGUGGCAAGAUGUCCCAACACUUGGAAAACAUGAAGCUCGGAGACACGAUCGACGUGCGAGGACCUUCUGGGCGUCUGCAGUACGUCGGCAAUGGCCAGUUCCUCAUCAAGAAACUUAGGAAAGACCCGCCUACCAAAGUGGUUGUUAAGAAGUUGAAUAUGAUUGCUGGUGGAACCGGUAUCACUCCCAUGCUGCAGCUGAUCCGCCACAUCUGCAGCGACGCCAACGACCACACGGAACUCAGGCUGCUGUUCGCCAACCAGACUGAGCAGGACAUCCUGUUGAGGAACGAGCUCGAGAACUACGCCAACAACCACCCGAACCAGUUUAAGCUGUGGUACACCAUCGAUAGGGCUGACCCAGGGUGGAAGUACAGCACGGGCUUCAUCGAGGAGGGGAUGGUGGGCGCGCACAUGUUCCCGGCGGCGGCCGACACGCUGGUGCUGAUGUGCGGGCCGCCGCCCAUGAUCAACUUCGCCUGCACGCCGGCGCUGGAGAAGCUCGGCUUCCAGGAACACCUGCGUUUUGCAUAUUAAGUGCUAAUUUAAUCACGUAAGCCUAGACAUUAUUCGUGUAGGUCCGGGUCCGACAAAAAAGAGUAUUGAUGGCGCCACUGAGCGUAAGCAUAAAACAUUGUACAGUCAGCAAAGCUAUUAGCUUAUACACAUUUGUAUGCAUGGGUGCUGAGCUAAUAGUUUUGCUGGCCGUUCGUUAUGUUGCAUUCGCGUGAUAGUGGAAAUACCUAAUAUUAGUAAUCCAUCUCUUUGCAGCAUAAGUGCGUACUGUGUACGCUGUCCGUUUGUAAUUUAUUUCUUUUGAAAUCUUGGUUUGCCAGUUUUAUUUCAUUUUACAUUCAAUUUAUUAAAUUUUCACCCUUUUUUGUCGAACUGUGUCGCUUGCCUUAGGCGCUUCCGGCCCGAACUAGGCGUGAUUCGAUUACAUAUUGUAGAGUUAAAGAAAACCAGGUAGUUUUAUAAACGCCUGUGUAAUAAAGACGACAGUCUAUCUUAACGGUUACUAGAAAUAGACCGCGGGCCAGGAACAGAUUUCCAUGACUAAUCGCCUCCCGGGCGAAAACUCGUAUAGUGAUUAACGGCUGUGUAUGAUGAACCCUUGAGGACGCCGUGGCUGCCGCUCCGUUGGUGGAAUGAGGAACGGCAGCCACCGAAACACGUAAAAAAAAAAAUUGCCAUCGCCUCCCGCUUGAUACUUUGUCACAUGAUAGUUUAGAUGCUAUUGUGAAUUUAAAAAAUUGUCAGCCGGUUGUAUCACGGUGGAAAGAUCGUCAGCUGGUGGCCUGAACAUGUAAAAAAUAAGCGCUUUACCUUUUUAUAAUAGUAAUACUUCUUCUUCUUCGUCGUUCCCUCAUGACUGAGGAUCGUGUCCAAGAACUAUAUCCCUCCAUUUAACGCGAUCAAGGGCUAUGUGGGCUGCCCUCUGCAUGGAACCACAUGCUUGUCUAAUGGAAUCCGACCAUCUUGCCGGGGCUCUUCCUCUAGCGCUCUUGCCUUCAACUUGCCCCAGUAUGAUGUCACGUUCUAAUACUACACUCAUGAAACUUUGCUUGUAGCAUUUCAUCAGGGUUUCAAUAACUGCGGAUAUAAAAUGGUAGGGUGCGUAUUUUUUACAUGUUCAUGUGGACAGCUGUCGGUUUUUCCACCGCGAUACAAUCGGCUGACUAUUUUUUUAAUUCAUGAUAGCAGUAUCAGCGGGGAGGCGAUGACUGACGAUAUAUGCUCCUGGCCCGCGGUCCAAAAGAGGCUCUCGUUUGUAUUACAGAUUAAGCUCAACGGCCCAUGUUAGUGACAAUAUCUGCAAUCGGAGAUAUUGUUAAUUUUUAUAUGAGACGAGUUUGUUGUAGUGAUCGAAUUUAAACUGUUGUGAGACAUACUAAUAUUAAAUCAUUUUACGGUUUAGACUCACUUGUUUUAGUCACUCGCGCGACAUGUUUCGGAGAGCCUAGGUCUCCUUUCUCAAGCACUAAUAGUGCGAGCAGCGUUCACGACGACCGUGUGUUGCGUACUGCCGCUGCCGCGCGCCGAAAAAACCGGUUGGGGGAGGUCUUGCGCUAUCGUUGUAGGCGGGCACAGUGGUGUGUUUGGGUUUGGGUCACCUAACACUUGUAGCGCCACACAGCACGAACUCACAACAAGUGUCACAAGUGAGUCUAAACCGUAAAAUGAUUUAAUAUUUGUUGUAGUGGCUACUUUUAUCUGUAACCACAAACAAUGACGAACAAUAUUUUUUGAACUCUUGCCAUUCAUAAAAAAACAAAGCAUUUAAAUUAAAAAAAAAACAUAGCAUUUUUUAGUGGGUUGUAGGGAUACCGUUAACGUCUUUUAUCCUGACGACGCGACGUUUUCGUAUUUUUGGAAAAAAUGUUGUUAUAUAUUAACAUUAAGCAUAAAAGAGGUGAAUGAGAAUUAUUCUAUGUUGUUAUCUGUUUAUAUAGUGCAUGUUUUUUAAUUGUUUACGUAGUUUGUACUCUGGGUUGGAUUUUUGAAAAUAUAAAUACUAGUUUUGCUAA